AUGACUAUGGACCAAGGCCUCAACCCAAAACAAUUCUUCCUUGACGAAGUCAUCCUGCAAGACACCCUCUGCUCGAUGAGCAACCGUGUCAACAGCAGCGUCAAGACCGGCUACCUACUACCUAAGGGCCAUGUUCCCUCCGCCAACAUCAUUGCCGUGGAACGUCGUGGUGGCCUUUCUGACAUUGGCAAGAAGUCUGCGAAUUAA